GGCAGGCAAUAUCAGGAAAAGCAUAUACUGUAUACCAAUUGCAUAAGGGCAGAAUUUGUUUAGUUUCCAUACUUAAGACAAUCUGCCCAAACCAUAUAAAAUGCUGCUACCUUCUUUUGGCUGGGGCUGCCCCCUCUUCAUCUUCCUCUUCUGUCAGGUAAUAGGUAUUUGCAUCCUUUAAUAGUAAAUACCUUUAAAGUACUCAUUUUUAAAUGUGUCUGCUGGAGUCACUGUAUAGUAAAUAAGAAAUACUCUCUCCUGUCGAGAAACUGCCACUGAUCCAGGGUAAAGGAAACAAGGAGCAAAGCACACUUCUCUUGGUUUGGCAUUUUUCUUCUAUUUUUAGUGUGGGGUGUCUGACUGGGAAUUUGUGCAGCUGCAAAAUCUGCUUUUAAAAAAUCACUGGCAUAUUUCUGUGGGCAGCUGACAAUCUUACCUGUAAUGAUAGAAGGAGUGAAAUAAUCUCUGGCCUCCAUACUCCUAAAUGAGCUGUGGAGAUGGGUUUUAUUUCAGUGUGCCUCUUCAGAAAAAAAAAUAGAUUUAAUUUAAAAAGAAAGAUUGAAUAUAUACUGCUUUUGAGUUUUAGUGUGGGCUGUGAUUUAUUUUUGGAUUAUUAUUUAACAAUGCCUGAGGAGUUAUCUUUCUUUUUUCUUUUACUGUUUUUUUAACAGUUUCUUGAUGACUUUAUGGAAAGACGGUGGAAAUUCUAGAAUUAGCAAACCAAUUAAUUAGUACUGAGGCGCAAGGACACGACUUCUGUGUAUGUGGCAUAAAAAUCUUGAGGCAGGCAGAGUUUCCACUGGUACGGCUCCCCCCCCCCAAUGUAUUCAUGCAGGGAGGAGGUGGGAAACAAAUGAGCCAGCUUAAGCCUGCUGAAUAUUCCCCAAGCUCCAGUGUUUGUAAAAUGCUUAAAGAUGUUUUCUUAUUUUUUAACAAACAGCCUGGCUGAGAAAACCAACUCUGCCUUCUUCAGUUGCCAGGUCUGUAAGGGAUGGAUGGAGCUAAGCUAAUCAAGGAUUAAGCCAGCAAGUGGAUACAGCUGGAGGCUGUUUAAACUAUAGGUAUAGCCCACUGUCCACAAGCAGAACAUGAAGGCAGGAAGAAGGGAGUGGCUAUGGGGAGGGAAAGAUUGUGUUGCAAUCUGAGAGAGACAAACUAUAUCCCCCCCCUUCCUAAAGACAGGAGACAGGAGCAAAGAUCACCCCCUCCUCUAUAUUGGAGUUUCCUAAGGAUAUCUUCCAUGAUGGGACUAGUCCUGGAUAUCUCUUCUCCUCUCUGAAUGCUGCAGAAAACGUGUUCGUGGCCAACAUGGAUAUGGAGGAGUUGGCUAGAGAGAGCAUCACCCUGUUAGCCAAGCCUACUCUGGAGCCAGGUAGCCCCAAUCUCUCCUCCGCUGGGGCUGUCUUUAUCAUGCUGAAAUCUGCCCUUGGAGCAGGGCUCUUGAAUUUCCCCUGGGCGUUCAAUAAGGCUGGAGGAGUCACCCCGGCUGUCCUUGUGGAACUGGGUUCCUUGAUAUUCCUGAUUAGCGGCUUGGUGAUUCUGGGUUAUGCUGCCUCCAUCAGCACCCAGACAACGUACCAGGGUGUGGUGAGAGAGAUCUGUGGGGCUGCCAUUGGGAAGCUUUGCGAAGUCUGCUUCAUUCUGAACCUGUUCAUGAUCUCGGUGGCCUUUCUUAGAGUCGUGGGAGACCAGCUAGAAAAAUUGUGUGAUUCUUUCUACCCUAAUGAAACCUUGAGUGGUGGCAUCUCUCGUCAGCAUUGGUUCACGGACCAUCGCUUCACCUUGUCUGCUUUGUGUGCCUUGGUUAUCUUUCCCCUCUCAAUUCCAAGGGAAAUUGGAUUCCAGAAAUACACAAGCAUCCUUGGUACUUUGGCAGCCUGCUACCUGAUGCUUGUCAUUGUAAUAAAAUACUACCUCAGAACCGAUUACGUUGUCAAGCAUGAACAUCGCCGUUCCUCCGGGGUCUCUUCCUGGGCUUCAAUGUUCAGCGUUAUCCCAACAAUCUGCUUUGGAUUUCAGUGUCAUGAAGCGUGCAUCACCAUCUACAGCAGCAUGAGUAAUAAGAAGCUCUCCCACUGGAUUGUGGUGUCUGUCAUGUCCAUGCUGUUCUGUUUGCUUAUAUAUUCUCUGACAGGGCUCUAUGGCUAUUUGACAUUUGGUGCUGAUGUUGCUGCUGACAUCCUGAUGUCCUACCCAGGAAAUGAUGUGCUGGUCAUUGUAGCUCGGCUGUUGUUUGGCAUCUCCAUAAUCACCAUCUACCCCAUUGUCCUCCUCUUGGGAAGGUCAGUCCUACAGGACGUCUGCCUGAGUUCCAAGCACAGCUACCUCCUGACAACUGAGCCUUAUGAGAAGUGGAUGCGGGUCACUCUAACUACUGCCUGGGUUGUGGUCACGCUGGUCAUUGCCCUCUUUGUGCCGGACAUCAGUGAUGUCAUCAGUGUCAUUGGGGGCAUCAGCGCAUUCUUCAUCUUCAUUUUUCCAGGACUGUGUUUGGUGUGUGCAGUGGAGAUGGAGCCUAUCAAGCCAAGGACCAAGUCUUGCUUAAUUACAUGGGGAAUUGUCACCGUCCUUUGUGGAGCCUUCAUCUUUGGACAAAGCACGACGAUCGCUCUCAUGGAACUGUUAUACAAAGUCUAGUCGACCAGUGGAGGCAGUUGCGAUGGUAGCAGAUGACAGAGACUGUCUAGAUACUUGCACAGCCUGAUGGGUAUUUCCAAGUGAUAUGGGCAAGUACUAUGCAGCUUUUACCAGCUGGACAUAAUUUCAAUAAUAGCCACUUUUUCGCUAUCUAAUAUAAGUAUGUGUUGGUUGUGCUUUUCCAUACAUUGAAUGCCCUCUCCUCCUCCCCUGCGGACUGUUGGAUAGGACCCGUUUUCUCUAGCAAAUGCUCCUUGGUUGUCUGUUGUAGUGCAGAUUUUCAUUGAUGUUUCAAACCACAGAAAGCUGUUGGAUUUCUCCCAAAGCUGCUCGUCACACAAAGUUACUUAGAUGUAUGCGAAGUACAGAGGACUCUUGAGAAAACGUUAAGCUUUCCAUAAAAUACAUUCUGCCGCUUCUGCUCUCCAUUUCACUCCUCCUCCUCUUAGGAAUGUUCUUAAAAGGGCUUUGGAUUUCUAGGGUUUUCCCCAACCCACACCCCCUAAAUGAGGCUCUGGGAAAAAUGAGGCUCUGGGAAAGAAAUUUAUCUAUUAGGAUAGCAUCCAAAAGUUCUGUGGAUGUGUGAAACAGGGAUUGUUAUUUGUUUAUUUUUCAGUAACUGUCAGGAGCAUUGUUUUCACUUAGUGUGCAUGCUUAAAAUAUAUCACCAAUGUAUGGGUGCUAGAAUGCCAGGUUGUUGAGCUGCGCCAUUUUAUACACUGCUGCAAGAGACCUCAGAACAUGUUUAGGAGUCCUUUGUUGCUGAGCCAAGGAAGAUGACAUGGGUGGAGUCAGUGCAAUAUAUUUGGGAGCUGUGGGAGCUGGUUUUGUACCUGAUCCUUUA